CAAACUAAAUGAGAGCAGCAACAUCUGAGUGUGGUUUACCAGCACAUUUCCUGUUGCUUCAACACACACACACGAAAAGCAGACGUCAGAAAGACAGGAAAGCUGCAGCCUUGAGGUGAGUUUAGAAAUCAACUUGUCACUCACACCCAUCGACGCUUCACAGCGAAGCACAUAUAUGACUCAACUCGGCAGCACAGCCUCUACAUGUGCAACUCAAUUGGAAGAUGUGGCUUUUUGAGGUCUCCUGUGUCCUAUAUUUGGCGGCUGUUUGUGCAGCACAAACUGUCUCUUCACCCACUCAAACACAGGCAGUGACGACAACCCCGAUUGUUCCCCCCAAACCGGAGCUAAAAACGCAAUGGCUUGAUGUCUUCGCCUAUGAAAAAGUGACGUUCAGAUGUACUAUCAGUGAAAGCCUGGAUCGGACUUUCGUCUGGAAGAGAGAUGGAACAGAAAUAACUACAGGUUCAGAUCCAAGUUUGUCUUUGACUGAAGAUGGAUCUGUGCUUACGAUCACUGCGACUCCGCUACAUGCAGGAAGUUAUUCCUGCAGUGUUAGAUCAAAAAACGUUGAAGGACCAAGUAGUGAAUCACUGACACUCAAUGUUAAUCCGAACAAGCCCAAGCCCACUAUUCGCAGAUCUUCAAACUACGACGAGAUGUUCCCCGGAGAAUCUAUCAGUUUCACAUGCAGCAUCGAGGUGUCCACUGGAUGGGAGUACCUGUGGUACCAUAAUGGACAGAAAAUGGAUACAAAUGGAAACACAUAUCCGAUAUCUACUAUAAAUGAUUCUAACAAAGGACAGUACCACUGCAAAGCUAGUAGAGGAUCAUUCUAUACGGACAACAGUGACAGUACAUCUCUGAAAGUCUCUAACCCACCCUCACCAGUUCUGAAGCACCAGAACCCCUGGCUAGAUGUGUUUGAAGGGGAGACGCUGGAGUUCCGCUGUGAAGUUGAAGGCACUGGCUGGACCUACAUCUGGUUCCGCGAUAAACACCAGCUUCAAAAUGGCCCGAACAUAGAUGAAGAUAAAGGGAUCCUCAACAUUGGUUCAGUCUCUCAAACGGAUGCAGGAAACUACAUGUGCAAAGCUCAAAUUAUAUCCCGGGGAGUCAUCACUGAAUUCAGCAACUCAGCCAGUGUCAUAGUAUAUAAAACCAUACCGACUCCAACACUGAGCAAGGUUCCAGCCUUUGACAAGAUGUAUUUCGGUGAAAUGGCGACAUUCACUUGCAAAGUGGAUGUGGCAACUGGCUGGACAUAUUGGUGGUACUUAGACGGAACGCAAUAUCGUGAUGACAAGGAAGGCAAAGAAGAAAUAUUGAGUCUUGGGCCUUCAGAUGCAGGCGAUUACACUUGCAAGGCCACCAGAGGCAAAAUAUCAACAGUAUUCAGCGACAAAAUAACACAAGUCGUUGUCGAACCCCCUGUCCCAGCUCUGAAAAAUGUGACCCAGUGGUUGGAUGUGUUCCCCACUGAAAAUGUGACGUUCAGCUGUGUGAUGCCAGAGAACAGCCCCUGGACGUACUUAUGGUUUAAAGACAUGGUGCAGAUCCAGGCUGGUCAAGACUGGUCUUUUAACCCGAACGGAGCUCUUACCAUCGCCUCUGCCUCAGCUAAACAUGGGGGAAAGUAUACAUGUAGAAGACAACUGCAAGACAGGGCUGUCAUCAGCAAUGCUAGUUCUCCACUUACUCUCAGAGUAUAUGAUCAGAAACCCACUGUCAGUCUGACGAGGGCUCCCGCCUUAGAUGUGAUGUUUCCUGGAGAGCAAGUCACCUUCAGCUGCAACAUUGGCUCGUCAUCUGGGUGGGAAUACCUGUGGUACAAAAACAGCAUUCCGGUCAAAGCAUCAGAAAGAAGCUAUUCAAUUAACCUUUCUGGAGCAGCAGACAGUGGACCCUACACAUGCCAGGCAAAAAGAGGCAGUAAUGCUGUCUUCACCACUGAUUCGAGUCAAGUUAGCCAGCUUCAAGUUAAAGAAAUUCCCGUCCCAGAUUUGGACAGAGAUAGCCAGUGGCCGGAUGUGUUCCUAACUGAGAGUGUGAAACUGAAAUGUGGGAUGAAGACUCACUCUGAAUUGUGGACAUAUACAUGGUACAAAGAUUCACAGGUCAUUGAGGCUUCUAACCAUGUGUCUUUUGACGAGGACAGAACUACGCUGUCCAUCAGUUCUGCUUCACCCGAGCACAGUGGAAGCUACAGAUGCUCAGGAAAGCUGAAGAGGGGACUUGUCAACAGCACGUCUAGUUCAGAACUACGACUUAAACCUCGUGAAAUUCCCGUCCCAGUUUUGGACAGAGUGACCCCGUGGCCGGAUGUGUUCCCAAAUGAGACUGUGAAACUGAGAUGUGGGAUGAAGACUGACUCUAAAUUGUGGACAUAUACAUGGUACAAAGAUUCAGACGUCAUUAAGGCUUCUAACCAUGUGUCUUUUGACGAGGACAGAACUACGCUGUCCAUCAGUUUUGCUUCGUCCAAGCACAAUGGAAGCUACAGAUGCUCAGGAAAUCUGAAAUACAGAUAUGUCAGCAGCACGUCUAGUUCAGAACUACCACUUGAAGUUUAUGAUGAAAAACCCAAGGUCACUCUGAUACGGGAGCCUGAUUACGAUCAGAUGCACACUGGAGAUUCCGUCUCCUUCACCUGUCACGUUAAUGUCUCCUCUGGAUGGGAGUACGAGUGGCAUAAAGGUGAAAGUCUGUUUCCCACAUCUGGAAACCAACACAAGAUCGAAUCUGUUCAGAAAAAAGACAGUGGAUCCUAUACCUGCAGAGUUAAAAGGGGGUUGAAAUCCAUCUUCUACUCUCGGAGUCAGCCUUCAGUCAUUAAUGUUGAAGAGCGCCCGCAGGCUAGUUUAGUCCUGUUGACUGGCUGGUCAGAAGUCUUCUCCACGGACAGCUUGGUGCUGAAGUGUGAGGUAAUGGAAAGCCAAGACAACUGGAACUACACAUGGUACAAAGAAGAAACAAAAAUUGCUGACUCGCACUCCGAGAAACACACAGUUACACCCCAGAAUGACCCAGAUCAGAGUCACUACGUCUGCGAAGGCAACCGCGUUGGGAGACCUUCAUAUUCAAAAAAAAGUGAUUCUUUCAAGACCAAGAACCUCUUGUUGAAGAGGAGGGUGCUCCUUUCCAUCUCUGGCUGUCUCUUCUUCGGCAUCAUCGGCGUCUUUCUCGGAUGCAUCAUCCUCCGAGUCUUCCGCAAACCAGCCUCGAAUGAUGAUAAGAAUGAGGAGGACAACCUGUUUCUGACUAUGGCUCAGCAAAAGGGCUGUGAUGCACCGUGUCCCCUGGCUGUGUACAUCACUGAUGCGUCACUGAACGCACCAGCUAAAGAGGGAGACGAGAAUGGCACAAUUUGCAGUGAAACAACGCCGUUACCAAUAACCACGCAGGAAGACCAAGCUGUUACACCUGACAGCCAGGAGACGACGGAAACCAACGGCGGUCUGCUUUCCUUUCAGAAGUGAGUCAUCGCUGUUCACAAGUCAACGGCCCUGUGAGGCUUUAAUAAUAAUUACACAUCAGGGAAUUACAUAUUUGGUCUGGGACUCAGUUGUACAUGGUCCAGCUUUUGGCCUCAGCUGUGCUUUGACCUGAAUGCUAACCAGGGCCUUUAAGUAUUAGGAGUCAUGACUUGUAUGUGGACAGGUGAAAACUUUGAAACUUUGGAAAUUUUGGAAACUUUCCUGCAGCACAAGAUACAAUGUAAUUAAUUAGAGAACUUAUGAAACUGCCUUUGAUAUAUCACAGUGUUCUUGACCAGCAGACUUGUUCUGCACACAACAUGACUUGACAGCACAAAACUGAUCAGGAAUUGUACAUAUUUUAAUUUGGUGUUGAAGACACUUGAGUAGGAGGUGUUAUUUAUGUGUUAAGUGUCAAUUGUAAUCGCUGCUUUCAGUUACUGUGCGCAUUGUACAUAUGAGAUAACGUGUUAGAUUUGUUAGUGUUUCAAUACUCUGCACAAACACCAGAUGUCAGUAGACAGUCUUCUCCAAACUUUUGUCUUGUCCCUGUAAAACAGCCAUUUGCAUACUGUGUUUAUCUAGGGUUUCAUUUGCGUCUUCUGUAUUCCUAUGAAAUUAUCAAAAUAAAAAGUAUAAAAUGAA